GUAGUAUUUCCAGCAUGAUAGCAUGGUUAAGAGUUUCCACUUCCGGUGUGAAAACGGCAAAUCUUUGAAAAAGAAAUAGACGUCUUAUGUUUAAUUAAUCCCGUUACGCUUUCUAUGCUAAUAUUUCAGACUGUGCAUGAAAGUUAAAUCUAAUAGAAAUGUCGGUUUCAGAAGUAAAUGAUGAAAUCGACUCCCAGAAAAUCAUGGACAAGAUUUUAGAUAUUGUUAAAGAUUUGACGGGAGAUGACGGAGACAUAACUAGAAAAAUUGUAGCCCCAUUCCAAAAGAUAAACAAUAAGUUUUUAAACUCCAAAGGAUUUUACGAUUUCCUAUUAUCAAUGAUGGAAAGACUUGGAAAUCAGCCAACAGAUAAAUAUCAAAUAAUUAAUGAGCUUAUAGAUGAGCUUAAAGCUUAUUCAGGAACAAAAAAGAGAAAAAGCGAUACACCAAUUGUGACAGACGAGAAAAAAAAGAAAAAAAGUGAAACUAUGUCGGAAGAUGUGCGAACUAAAAGACUGCAAAAACUUGAAAAACUAUUACAAUCUUUACAUAAACGGAUAAAGGAAGAAGAUGAACGAGAAAUUUCUCUAGACGAAAUGGAAAGUGAAAACGCUCACACGUAUGUCCAUAGGUUAAAACGCAAGCUCGUGGCUGUUUAUGCUAAAAUUUGCGAAUUAGAAGAGCGCGAUUUAACCCUUGGGCGGAAAAUGGAAAAGAAAGUUAAUUUUUCCGCCACGCAAUAUACUGAGCUCAACAAAAAAGUAUCAAAGUUAAUUAAUCAGGGAAGACAUUUUCCAGAUUUUUGUGAUGUUCUUACUUUGAUUCAAAGGUGUAAUGUCAAAUAUAAUUAUAAUCUCAGUAAUAAACGUAUUGAAGGUUUAGCAAGGGAAAUUUUCACUGAAGUGGGAAAUGCUUUGCAAAAACGAAGACAAGAUGAUGAUCGCCAGAAUUUCGGUUGCCACUUGACCGACAGCAUAAGAGACGAAACGGAUCCUGCAGAAAUGAAUUACGGGCUACGAAAAAAACUUGAUGAAAAUAGAAAAAUUAAUAUUAAAAAUAUUGAUGAUAUAAUGAAUAAAUAUACAAGAUUACAAGAAGAAAAGCAAGAUGAUCAAGAAGAAUCGUCGACUGAAGAAGACGGAAGUGAUUCUGAAAGUUGCGAUGAUGAGACUAUUCUUGACGUUUCUCAAGAGCUACUCGAAGAUUUUCCCUCAUCAACAGAGGGUUCGGUCCCUCUGUUUGAAAUAUCAGAGGAAAGUGAUGAUACUGAAGAUGAAAUUGUAAUUUCACGUAUUGGAGCAUGUGAAGAUAGUUUAAAUAAUUUAAAAGAAAAGGACGAAACAUCGCCAAAAAGAACGGAACCACUACGCUCUACAGCUCGCAAAUCAACAGCUGUUAGAAAACGAGCAGUAGUAAAAGCACCAUCACCGCUGCCUUCCUCAUCGCCAAAAAAUGUCAAUAGUUUAGAAGCUGACGAAGAUGACGAUAUUCUUAUUCUUCAUGUAAAAGCUAGUAGUGAAGUGAAUAAUUAUCAAAUUCCACCUGAAGUAGCAAAGCAAAUACUGCAACCAGUUAAGAGAGAAACACAAAAACAAACUGACUCAUCAAACGUGCUAAUAGUUAUAAGUGACUCUGACUAA